AUUGUACUUAUUCGUAUGAUAGCUAGCAACAAUCAGUGCAAUUGGCAACUAAAGCUUUGAUUAUAGCAGUUUGUGGUGUGAGAGUAGAGUCUUAAGAAAAAGAAAUGGCAUCAGGACAGGAAAGAUCAGAACUUGACUCCAGGGCAAGGCAAGGAGAGACUGUUAUUCCUGGUGGAACUGGUGGGAAGAGCCUUGAAGCCCAGGAGCACCUAGCUCAAGGGCGUAGCCGUGGAGGGCAGACAAGGAAGGACCAGCUGGGACAUGAGGGUUACCAAGAGAUUGGAAGCAAAGGAGGACAGACUAGGAAAGAGCAGAUUGGACAUGAAGGGUAUCAAGAGAUGGGUCGCAAAGGUGGACUCGGCGCCAUGAACAAGUCUGGAGGAGAGCGUGCAGCAGAGGAAGGGAUUGAGAUUGAUGAGUCCAAGUUCAAGACUAAGAACCGUUGAAUAUGACUACUAAAUAGUUGUGGAACUCUGGCUAGCUAGGCUUUGUGUGAUGUCUCUCUUCUGGUUUUUGUAGAAUAAACUGGUUUAGGUUUGGUAGUUGUGUAAGAAUAAUGUGUUGCUUUUCUGGUUUGUGCUUGUGUUCCAUUAGUGUAUGUGCGUUUCUGAUGGAUAGUCAUAAACCAGACUUUUCUUUGAAGUCUUAGAUAGCUAGAAAUGGGAAGGGCUUGAUUCAUGAUGCCCUUUUUUUGUGAGCAAUGGUUGGCUUAGUACUUUCAAUUGGUUGGUGCUCAACUUUUGCCUUUUUGAGGAAGUGUAUAACAAAGCAACAACCUUGUUUUCUGAGAUGAAAGAUGUGGUGAAUCUGAGUAUCAAUUUUUGCCU